AGGCACUAUACUAAGUACAGAGAUAUGCAGUUGUGGAGAUAGAGAAAGAGAGAGAGAGAGAGAGAGAGAGAGAUGGGAAGAGGAAAAGUGGAGCUGAAGAGAAUAGAGAACCCAACGAGCAGGCAAGUGACCUUCUCAAAGAGGAGAAAUGGGCUUUUGAAGAAAGCUUUUGAGCUUUCGUUGCUUUGUGAUGCUGAGGUUGGUCUUAUCGUUUUCUCUCCUUCUGGGAAGCUCUACCAAUAUGCCAGCCAUGACAUGGAGAGGAGCAUUGUGAGAUACAGGAGUGAAAUGGGAUUGCUAGGAUCCGCUGAUGACCAACAUUCUAGAGCCAUAGAGGUAUAUUUCUGGAGGACUAAAAUUGAAGAAAUGAAAAGAUCAACAGAAACCUUGGAAGCAAAUUUGAGGAACUUAGCUGGUGAAGAUCUAUCAACGUUGGGCAUGAAAGAAUUGAAACAGCUUGAGCGGCAGCUUAAGGUUGGGGUUGAACGAGUCCGCUGCAAGAAGAGAAGGAUCCUAUCUGAGCACAUCAACUACCUGAAAAGAAAGCGUCGAGACUUGCUAGAGGAGAACAAACGGCUCCUGAAAAAAGUUAAGCUAGAUCAACAGAUCGAUGAUGCUAAUCCAUCCUGAAAAGAGUUGGCAUGCAAUCUUCAAAGGUUUCUGAAUUUAGUGGCCAGGAUUCAUCACAAGCAUCGAUAUGAUAUCUCAUCAGCCACUGUGUUAAGAGAUUUUAUAUUUAUGCUAGUAGUAGUAGUCAUAGAUUUAUGUGUUGGAUAUCCAGUAUAAUAUGUAUCAAUGUAUAUAAUGUAUGUUUUCAUGAAUUGUGUGUGUAUAUUAUGAAAUCACAAGACUAUAUAUAUUAAUUAGUUGUGGCCAUUAGCAUUAUUUA